GGAGAGUGGUGCCUCUCUCCCUCGCCCCUGCUGCCAUUUUGGCUUUGGCGGUGUGGGGAGCGAGCGAGAGCGACUGCUCCUCCUAUGCUUUUCUUGGCCUCACGCUUGUUCCAUGUUUGAACAUACGUUACACCCAGCCAGCAGCCAGCCAGUGGCCAGUGGCACAUCCCCCCUCUAGCUGCUCUCCCCGUCGUCCUUCCCCUUGCCAAUGGAGGCGCCUCCUUCUUCUCCCCCCAACCCGGUAGUGCUGGCGGCGGUGCUGGUUCUGGUGCUGUUCGUCUCAUCCCCUUCCUGCGCCCUUCUCUCCCCCAAGGGCGUCAACACCGAAGUGCAAGCGCUGAUUGGGAUCAAGAACCUCCUCAAGGACCCCCAUGGCGUGCUCAAGAACUGGGACCAGGACUCGGUCGACCCCUGUAGCUUCACCAUGAUCACUUGCUCGCCGGACAAUUUUGUCACUGGCCUGGAGGCUCCAAGCCAGAAUCUCUCUGGCCUGCUCGCCCCAAGCAUUGGGAACCUGACCAACCUGGAGACCGUUCUUCUGCAGAACAACAUCAUAAACGGCCCAAUUCCGACUGAGAUUGGCAAUCUGGAAUAUCUCAAGACACUUGAUCUCUCCAGCAACAAAUUCUAUGGUGAAAUCCCACAAUCUGUGGGCCACCUUCAGAGCCUCCAGUACUUGAAGCUGAACAACAACACCCUGUCUGGCCCAUUCCCUUCAGCAUCAGCUAAUUUGCCACACCUUAUCUUCCUAGAUUUGUCAUACAACAACCUAAGUGGCCCAAUACCAGGAUCUUUGGCGAGAACAUACAACAUAGUUGGAAAUCCCCUCAUAUGCGAUGCAAAUGCGGAGAAAGAUUGUUACGGGACUGCGCCGGUGCCAAUGUCCUACAGCUUGAAUGGUACACAAGGCACUCCACCAGCAAAAACUAAAAGCCACAAGUUCGCAGUUGCAAUUGGUGCUGUAUUGGGCUGCAUGAGCUUCCUGUUUCUUGCUGCUGGAUUCUUAUUCUGGUGGAGGCACCGUCGAAACCGGCAGAUCCUUUUCGAUGUUGAUGAUCAACACAUGGAGAAUGUUAACCUUGGAAACGUUAAGAGGUUUCAGUUCAGGGAGCUGCAGGCUGCAACAGAUAAAUUCAGCAGCAAAAACAUACUAGGAAAAGGUGGUUUUGGACACGUUUACAGGGGGCAACUUCCUGAUGGAACUCUCGUGGCUGUCAAGCGGCUCAAGGACGGUAAUGCUGCGGGUGGUGAGUCACAGUUCAAGACUGAAGUUGAAAUGAUCAGCUUGGCAGUGCACCGGAACCUCCUCAGGAUUCUCGGGUUCUGCAUGACUGCCACAGAGAGGCUACUGGUCUAUCCAUACAUGUCAAAUGGAAGUGUGGCUUCACGCCUGAAAGCGAAGCCACCUUUGGACUGGAAUACCAGGAAGAGGAUAGCCCUUGGAGCAGCAAGAGGUCUGCUUUACCUUCAUGAACAGUGUGACCCCAAGAUCAUCCACAGGGACGUCAAGGCGGCCAACGUCUUGCUGGACGACUACUGUGAUGCCAUUGUUGGGGAUUUUGGGCUUGCAAAGCUCCUUGAUCACCAGGACUCGCAUGUCACCACUGCGGUGCGGGGUACCGUUGGGCAUAUCGCACCCGAGUACCUCUCCACCGGGCAGUCCUCUGAGAAAACAGAUGUCUUUGGCUUUGGCAUCCUGCUCCUGGAGCUGAUCACCGGCCAGACAGCACUGGAGUUCGGCAAGGCAUCAAAUCAGAAGGGAGCCAUGCUGGACUGGGUGAAGAAGAUGCACCAGGAGAAGAAACUGGAUGUGCUGGUUGACAAAGGCCUUAGGAGCAGUUACGACCGGAUCGAGCUCGAGGAGAUGGUGCAGGUGGCACUCCUGUGCACUCAGUACCUCCCAGGCCACAGACCAAGGAUGUCGGAGGUGGUGCGCAUGCUGGAAGGUGAUGGGCUUGCAGAGCGAUGGCAGGCGUCACAGCGGGCCGACUCCCACAAGUUCACGGUGCCCGAAUUCACCUUCAGCCGCUGCUACUCUGACCUAACCGACGACUCGUCUUUGCUGGUGCAGGCUGUUGAGCUCUCUGGGCCAAGAUGACAUGAUCAGCAAAUGACAUCCCAGCUCAGAACAUCAGCAGCAGUCCAUGUACAGAAUGAGAACCUAUGUAGAUUUGGAAAUAAUCCAUAUACUGAAGUAUAAGUAAACAGUGAUGUAUGUAUCUUAGAAUCGUAUAAAAAAGGUAUCAUUAGAUGAAGUGUAUACAGCAGUUUGUAUUGUAUUAUAUUACAUAUUGGUAGUUGAAACAAUAAGACUGCUUGUUGCAACAAGGAGCUUCUCUUGAAGCUAUAAGGUUUCGCAUUGCUUGGCUUGUA